UUCUUGAUUCGACCAUAUAUACUCUUUCUCUGAGGAAUGACAACUCUUCCCGCACACUCGAUCUAACCGCGGACGAGCUGCUAGCGAGAUGAUUGCACGCGUCUUGCCGCUUGUCGCUCUUGUGACCCUUUCAGUACAUGCUGCACAACCUGGGUCUGCCAGUCCUCUACCAGCAAAGCUCAGAGAUAUAACAUGGGGAAAACUGAACUUCUUACAUACAACCGACACUCAUGGAUGGUUAGCUGGUCACCUACAAGAACCGUCGUAUAGUGCUGACUGGGGCGAUUACAUCUCAUUUGCAGCCCGUAUGCGUGAGAUAGCUGAAUCGCGAGAUUCAGAUCUACUAGUCAUUGAUACUGGAGACCGCGUUGAGGGCAAUGGUCUCUACGAUGCAUCAGACCCCAAGGGAAAAUAUCUCUAUGAUAUCCUGAAGCAACAGCACAUCGAUCUUCUAUCAUCUGGAAACCAUGAGCUCUACAAAAAGAAUACCUCAGAAGCAGAGUAUCUCAUCACAGUCCCCAGUUUCGCUGACAGCUACAUCGCAUCGAAUAUCGAUAUACUUGACCCAAAUUCGGGCGAACUGGUCCCCCUGGGCCCAAGGUUUAGAAAACUAACAACCAAGAAAAAAGGCUAUCGUAUUAUGGCCUUUGGGUUCUUGUUUGAUUUUACUGGAAACUACAACAACACCAAAGUUCAACGGGUGGAGGACACGGUCAAAGAGACUUGGUUUCAGCAGGCCAUUCGGGAUGAAGAUGUUGACCUUUUCAUCGUGCUCGGACAUGUACCCGUACGGUCCAUAGAAUACGAAGCAGUGCACAAGGAAAUCCGCAACGUGAGAGGCAAUAUCACUAUUCAAUUCUUUGGCGGCCACUUUCACAUUCGUGACUAUGCUAGAUAUGAUGCGCAGUCAUCUGCCUUGGCUAGUGGUCGUUUCAUGGAGACCGUGGGCUUUCUAUCGAUUGAUGACGUGAAAAGUUCCACGCCAAAUUUUAGCAGGAGAUAUAUCGACAACAACCUUUUCUCAUACUAUCAUCAUACUGGUCUCAACAAAUCGACCUUUCCAACAGAGCAUGGCCAGAACGUCUCACAAAUGAUACAAGAAGCAAGACAUGCGCUUGAUCUAGACUAUGUACAUGGUUGCGCGCCCACAGAUUUUUGGGUAGACCGUACACCAUACCCAGGUAACAACAGCAUCUAUACAUGGCUGGAAACCGAAGUUCUUCCCCAAUCACUUCAGAAUCCUUCCCGUCAAGGAAAGCCAGCUCUCGCGAUCGUCAACACUGGAGCCAUCAGAUUUGACAUUUUCAAGGGUCCAUUCACCCAGGACUCAACAUUCAUCGUAUCACCAUUCACAAGUGGUUUCAAAUAUAUCAAGGACGUUCCGCUGUCUACAGCAAAGCGGAUAGUGACCCUUUUGAAUGGGGCAUCGAAAAUCCUGACAACAACGAAUGAGCAACCCCAUGGUCGCUAUUGUCCCUUGGCGCCACCACAGCAAUGCGCUCGUCAAGCUUCUGACGGAGUUGAGUCAACCACACGCAAUCCAAUAAUGCCACAGCAACAUGCGCAAGCUGUCAUCUCGGACUCAGAUGUUGAACCGUUUCCUGGCUAUACAACAAUCGAUGAUGCAGGCGACGAUGGCGAUGAUACCGUUCACUCGCAUAUCUCAUUCUACCAGGUACCGAACGUUAUCCAGACGCUGAUCCCGCCUCUUGAUCACAGCUCUUCUGGGGAGCCGACUACAGUGGACUUGGUUUACUUGGACUUCAUUGAACCAUACAUUGCUCUGGCAGCAAAGUUCUCGGGCUUCCCUGUAAACCUUCCAGCAGAUUCGGCCUUAUACAUGGAUGGGACAAUGACCGAGUUGAUUCAAACCUGGAUUAAGAAGAACUGGAAGUGCACUUGAGAUACCCUCAGUUACUGUUGAUAUUCAAUGACUCUCAUUGUCUGCCAGAUAAAUAGGGUGACAGUAUGUAGAAACUAUUAUACAUUCAUACAAGAUGGAAUCAAUCAUCGCCUUCAUAAACAAAAAUCGUCUUGCCACUUCUGAAUCCAGAAAGCGUAUCCUGAACAGCCUCCACAAGCUCCUUUGGCUCUUUAUCAUACGUCCACUUCACUUCCUGCACAGGAAUAUCCUUGAAUUUGCCCGCCCGGGUCAACUCAAAUAUAUCCUUGAUCGUAUUCUCCUUUGCCUGCGAAUUCUUGUCCCCCCAUCUACUAACCCAGAACCCAUCAAAGACCAAAUUCUUAAAAAUCAAUAAUCCAGACGGCAAUGCUACCGGCUUUCUGGACAUGGCGCCAUAAGUCACCAAAUGCGAAUCCGGUGCAAGCACCUUUGCCAUAGCAGCUGCAUUUUCCCCUCCAACACAGUUGAGCGCAAGACGAAUAGGCUCUUUACCAUCCUUUGUGAGUUGCUUGACAAUACCCCUGAAUUCCUUGGAUAACAAUUCCUCCUCCGUCACAACAGCCGUAGCACCCAAAUCCAGUAAAUCCUUUUUCAGAGCUUCAGUCUCCUCUGGGUUCUCUCUCUGUCGAAUAACAUUCAACGUCUUUAUACCCCAUACACGAGCCAAUUGUAUAGCGGCCCGACCGACACCGCUAUUAGCACCGUUCUGAAUCAACCAUUCCUCUCCACUGCGCAUCCAGUCCCAAUCACAGAAAUCCUUGAUCAUGCGAUAUGCCGUAACGGGGUUGACGCUGACGGUACCGACUUGUAAAGCUGUUAACCCCUCCUUAUCGACUUUGAUUAACUGCGAUUCUUCGAGUUGAGCGUGUGUGCGCCAUGUGCCUUGCCCCGUGCGUUUCAUGAUUACCCAGUCACCUUUCUUGAGGGAUUGGACCUGGGGUCCUGUUGAGAGGACUUCGAAGGCCCCUUCGUUGCCGGCGACGGCGGAUGGUUCGGUUGUGCCUAGGAUAUUGGUGAAGGUGGGUUUGGCUGGGUAGACGCCUUGAAUCUGGUUGAUAUCUGCUGGAUUUAGAGGAGUAGCGAGGAGGCGGAGGUUUACUUGCGAGCCACUUGGUGGUCCAAUGGAGUGUUUGUGUA